AGCAGAAACCGUUUGAUAGUGUAGAGAACGUCGUUGAAGCAUCAUUUGGAGCGGAGGUGUCAUGCCAUUGCCGGCGUGCAAUCUCCCUCCUCAUGCAUGCAUCUUCCUUCCUAAUUUUAUAUUCAUAUUUAUAACAAAUCUCAAUUUCAAUCCUAUUACAACGCCAAUUCUAAAUCGUUAGAGGUUUUGUUUGUUGAAUUUGAGAGGUACCCAGUUGUGAUUUGAGGCUUUCUUUCCCUUGUUUGAGUUCAAAAUUCAAUUUUUCUCACAAGGGAAAGAAAGCACAAUUUGACAACUUGAAAAUCUUUCUAAUUUUGUUUCUUUGAAACAAAAAUUCUUCAAAUUUAUUCCAUAUAAUUGUUUGAUAUUGAGGAAAUAUUGAAAGAAAAUAAACAUGCCUACGGUAUCCGGUGUAAUUUCGCGACAAGUUCUGCCAGCUUGUGGCAACCUUUGUUUCCUUUGUCCCGGCUUGAGGGCAAGGUCAAGACAGCCUGUGAAGAGAUACAAGAAACUCAUUGCAGAAAUUUUCCCUCGUAACCAUCAGGAGGAAGGGCCAAAUGAUAGAAAAAUAGGAAAGUUAUGUGAUUAUGCUGCCAGAAACCCUUUACGCAUCCCGAAGAUAACCAGUGCCCUUGAGCAAAGGUGCUACAAGGAGCUGCGAAAUGAGAAUUUACAUGCAACGAAAAUAGUCAUGUGCAUUUACAGGAAAUUGCUGUUUUCUUGUAAAGAACAAAUGCCACUAUUUGCAAGUAGCUUGAUAACUAUCAUUCACACUCUGCUGGAUCAAACAAGGCAGGAUGAAAUGAGAAUUAUAGGAUGCCACACUCUUUUUGAUUUUCUAAAUAAUCAGAUUGAUGGAACUUAUCAGUUCAACUUGGAGGUGUUCAUCCCAAAACUUUGUGAAAUAGUUCGAGAAUCAGGGGAAGAUGAAACAAAAAGAACUGUUCGGGCGGCUGGUUUGCAAGUCCUUUCUUCAGUGGUUCGUUAUAUUGGUGAACACUCUUAUAUGUCAGUUGAGUUCGACAAUAUUGUUACUGUUGUAUUGGAAAAUUACAGAGGUCCAAAUAAAAAAUUAGAAAAUAUCAACGAUGAGGAUAAAAAAGGUCCUGAGAAUAUGUGGGUCCAAGGAGUGUUGAAAACUGAGGGUCACACCUCUCCUCUCAUAGAUGCUGAUAAGAGAAAUUCAAUAUGGAGUAAUAUUUUAAACGACAGAGGCGAAAUCAAUGCAACAAUAGAGGAUGCAAACGAUCCAUCAUUUUGGUCUAGGGUUUGCUUACAUAAUAUGGCCAACUUAGCCAAAGAGGGCACUACCAUUCGUCAUAUAAUGGAAUCUUUAUUUCGAUACUUUGACGAUGGAAGUUUAUGGUCUAUGGACCAUGGCCUUGCCUUUUAUGUUCUAAAGGAUAUGCUAUUUUCACUUGAUGAUUCGGGGUCAAACACACAUGUUUUACUAUCAAUAUUAGUUAAGCAUCUGGAUCAUAGAUUAGUUCUUAAGCAACCCAACACUCAACUUGAUAUUAUUGAGCUGAUCUUUUCACUAGCUCAAUAUGCAAAGGUGCAGGCUUCUGUAGCAAUAAUCGGUGCAGUAAGUGACCUAAUGAGACAUUUGCGGAAGAGCAUACAAUGUUCCCUUGAUGACUCAAAUCUGGGAACUGAAACAAUUAAUUGGAACAAAAAAUUUGAAGAAGCAGUGGACAGGUGCCUUGUACAGUUAUCAAUUAAGGUUGGAGAAGCGGGCCCUAUUCUUGAUGCUAUGGCUGUUAUGUUGGAGAAUAUGUCAACUAUUGCAGUAAUAUCAAGAAGCACAGUCACUGCUGUUUAUCGAACUGCUCAAAUCGUAGCUUCCUUACCAAAUUUAUCCUAUAAGAGCAAGGCAUUCCCUGAGGCACUGUUUCAUCAACUACUCCUGAAUAUGCUCCACGCUGAUCAUGAAACACGAGUUGGAGCUCACCGCAUUUUUUCUGUUGUUUUAGUACCAACUUCUGUCUGUCCUCGUUCAUGCUUGUCUGAAUCUGACACUAAAGCACCGGGUGUUCCACGAACACUCUCCAGAGCAGUCUCUGUUUUCUCUUCUUCAGCUGCCUUAUUUCAGAAGAUAAGACAGGAGAGACAGGUUUCAAGUGAAAACAUAAGUAAAAAUAAUAACAAAAACGUAAAUGAAAAGGAGUUACCUGUUAAUGGCAAUGGCGGAAUCCUGAACAGGCUGAAGUCAACCCGUAGUCAGGUGUAUGGUGUCAACAGUACCCAGCAACCAACUGCAGCCGAUGAAAUUACUACAAACAAUGUUAAUAGCGAUUUGGAGACUACAAUCCUACGGCUGAGCAGCCAUCAGAUAAACCUCUUGCUAACUUCAAUUUGGGCUCAGUCUAUCUCUACUGAAAAUAUGCCUGUAAAUUAUGAAGCAAUUGCUCAUACAUACAGCUUGGUGCUUCUGUUUUCUAGAGCCAAGAAUUCUUUUCAUGAGGUCCUAGUCCAGAGUUUUCAACUUGCAUUUUCUUUGCGGAAUAUUUCUUUUAAAGCAGGGAAUUUGCCACCAUCACGACGUAGAUCGCUAUUUACUUUGGCAACUUCAAUGAUUCUGUUUGCUUCAAAAGCUUACAAUAUUGUCUCUCUUGUCCAUAGUGCCAAGGCAGUGCUUAUAAAGAAAAAGGUUGACCCCUUCCUUCAUUUGAUUCAAGAUAACAAGUUAGAAGUGGUAACUUUUUCACCUGACAACCUGACCAUCAACUACGGAUCUAAAGAAGACGACAAUAGAGCCUUACACACAAUUUCAGAAUUGCUGACUUCUGAACCUCAAGAUCAGGAAUUCUUUGUUUCUGAAAUUGUCAAGAGCUUUGAAAAUAUGUCGAAACCUGAAUUAUCCUCAUUAAGGGAAGAUCUGCUAAAAGAAUUCUCACUAGAUGAUAUGUGCCCACUUGGAUUCCCAUCAACUAUGGAUAUACCAGAAAAGGAUGCUUCAGUUGUUUCAACUGACGAUGAUUGUACACCCGAUAUAUUUGAUAGUGAUAUAAAAGAAAAUUCAGGAUUGUCCAUGGAGUUCCCUAGUCUUUUGAGUGCUAAUCAACUCUUAGAAUUAAUUUCUGACACAUCUAAUCCAGCUGGGAGAGUUUCUGUAUCAAUUGCAUAUGAUGUACCUUAUAAGGAUAUGGCUCAUAACUGUGAAGUGUUUUUGAUGGGAAAACAUAACAUAUCCAGAUUGAUGAGUACCCAACAGAAGCAAGAAUGUUUUGGCAACUUCUCUUUACAAAUUCAAGACAAGGACCCCAAAGACACAGACAUCUCUUCAGAUUUGGAUAUGGGUUUUCAGAAGAUAAGCAAUCCUUCCUUUGAUGAGAAUACUGCUAUGGAUUCAUCCAAACCAAAUUAUGAUCCUAUUCAACUGUUAAGUGCAACAAUUCAGAACCAUCCCCACAUGUUCAGACUACCAGCAGCAAGUCCCUAUGAUCAUUUUCUAAAAGCUGCUCGCUGUUGAUAACUACUUUGUACAAAUCUUACUUAAGUGAGCGGUUGAUUAUAUCAAGAACUGUUGCUUUGCUGGUUCUCAAAGCUCAAUAUGUAUCUGGAAAUAUUACUGUCAUUCUGAUCAAGAUUUGUAUGGGGCUUCUAACUUUUAAGUUAUAAGAAUCGAUUUUUUUAAUUCAUUUAUGGUACCUCUCAUUAAGGAGGUGGCAGGAAAACCUUCAUGCUAUGGAAUCAUUGUAAAGUACAAUUUAUUGGCAUUAUGUUUUCAUGUACAUGCUGGAAUAUCAAUGUAGAGCACACGGAGCAAAUAGUAGUAAUGGUCAUCUUCGCUAAGCUAUGAACGGCCAUGUUAACUUACAUUACAUCCAAGUAAACUCUACAUAGUUGUAACUUUCAUAUUUGUGUUCUCUCAUUUAGUCACCACCAAUAUGAAACCCCAAAUGUUGAUAAAAGUGGAAUAUAUGAACAAGAGAAACUAUGGUUCAAUA